CUGCUCUUCAAAUCACCAGUCCGCGCUCGACUCUUGGCCCAGCAUCUCUCCCCCCAGCAUCUGCGAUUUGUUUCUCGUCCGCACGACGCUGUCCUGGUGCUGCUGACAGUCACAAAAGACGAGAGCGAGACAAGAACAAAGACUUUGUGACGCGCCUUCGCGUGAAUCGUGACCAGGAAUUUCGAAGCAAUCGCAAUCGCGCACGCCGCAACAGCAAAUACUGUAAGGAAACCACAACACCACGUCAAGGGACAACCACCUUGGAUUGCUUGCCUGCCUCUGCCUCGUUCAUAAAAGCUGCCGGCGCCGCCGCUCACUCCGCAAAGCUCCUCCUCUACUUCGACCCAUUCUUCCAGCAUAUGCAUAUCGGCCGUUUGCGCCUCUGACUCGAGAACAUGCCUCCGUCAACUAAGCGCUCACAGCGGGUACGCCGAGAAACCAUCAAUAAUGUUGACGUUCCAGAUUCCUCUCCAUCACGACCCGCAAAGAGGAGAAAGAAGGCCAAUUCACCCGUGGAGAAGCCAGUCCUAGAACCUGAGCCUGUUCUGCUUCCUAUAGACCGAUCUGGUAUAAAACUGAGCGACGACGAACUGAUCACUGCCGUCGUCCCCUUCCUCAAAGUUCCCGCCCACCUAGUUCAGGCCACCAUAGAUCAUGCCAACACGCUUCAUGAACGACACAAUAAAGAAGGGGUCCAAGCAUAUGCGAAGCUGGCCGGUAAAGAUUGGACCUUCUACGUCAAGAAUCUCAAGAAUACCAUUGGUCGACCCCCAGAGACCCAGAAUGGGCUUUCAAGCCAGACCAGCCCACCUCAUACAGAUGACAUCGGAGCCCUACCGGUUGAGGCCGCGGGCGCAAAUGGCGGUGUUCAUAUUGAUUUGGGCCCCCACAAGAUGGUAUCUCGUUCGCAUGCAGAAAUCUUCUUCGAUUCAGAUUCCGAAUUAUGGAACAUUAUGGUUCACGGUCGAAAUGGCAUCCGAAUUGACGAUAGGCAUCUUACUCGGGGGCAUCGGCAUGCUCUUGUCAGUGGCGAAGUUAUCGAGGUUGCUGGCGUGGAAAUGAUGUUUGUCCUCCCCGAGCAAGAUGGAAGCCUCAAGGUCCACGACAAACUCCUCCUCAGAGCCAAUCUCAUCCGAGUAGACCCGGACAAGCCUGCAAAGCUCGAAGCCGGGGAUCAUGCUUCGUCUGCUCUCCCUUCGUCGCAAGUAGCUGUUCCUGGCCAGAAUGGCCUACUAGGUCCACAACCAAUUGCUCCAGCGCCCCCUGAUUACCGAAGACCUGGAACUCCUGUUAGUAACCGUUUGAAACCUCCGUACUCCACUGGCAAGUCGCCUGGCUUUGCUGGCGGUACCAUGGUAAUGAAUUCCGGCGACGACAUAGACCUCAGUCUUGAUGAAAACCAGCACAUCAAGCCUUCAUUUAGUUACGCUCAGCUGAUCAGCCAAGCAAUCUUAAGUACUCCUGAAGAAAAGCUAACACUCAAUGGUAUUUACAAUUACAUUACAUCCAAAUACGCUUACUAUCGAUCUCAAGGCGGCGGUGGAUGGCAGAACUCUAUUCGCCACAAUUUGUCCCUGAAUAAAGCCUUCGAGAAGGUAGCUCGCUUAACAGAUGAACCCGGAAAGGGUAUGAAAUGGCGUAUCCUUGAUGAUCACCGAGACGAUAUGGCCAAGAAUUGCAGGCGGGGCGGCAGAGGCGGACACCGAGGCUCACCGGGUGGCUCGCCGGGUGGUCUCAAUUUGAUCGCCCGUGGAUCGAGAGAAUCCGUCAACCCCAGCUCGACGCAACGAUCAAAACGCUCUCCACGCUCUGGAGGUUCUCCACCCGCAAGCUCCUUUGCAUCGAAUGACCCCCAAUUCACUCCGGAUCGUGGAGGACAUCUUUCUAGAUCAACCCAAGACCAAGCUCCUGGCGAUGGGAGCCCCUUGCCGCGACACAGAAGAAAUCAUGUUAGUGCUUUUGGACUGUCUGAUAACGCACCUGGUUCCCCACCAGUUUUGUCUUCAUCAUUUUUGCAGGAAGAAGGCAAUUCAUUUGUCACACCAGCACCCCAUCGAGUCCACCCUCGUCUUGCUCCUCCUUCGACGGCACAACGACCAAGUCAGCAUAUGCCGACCAGUUCUCCAGCUCCUUUUUGGAAAUAUGCUGAUAUUGGGAACACUCCAGUGAAAGGAGCAGCUUUUGAUCUGAGUCCCACCAAAGGCACAAGCGCUGAUGCUGAAAUCGCGCCAAGUAGCAGCCCAGCCCCUGCUCGCAGAUCCCCCGUAGCUAGUCCCACCAGGAAUGGCGCGUCCGCGAAGCUGGAAGCGCUGGCUGAUGACCUUGAAGACGAGAAUGAAGGGUUUGAUUUGACCAGAGGUUUCCAGAGCAUUGGAUCUUAUCACGCCCCUGCGGCCAACGCAGUCGGGGCUACAGUCAGUGGUCGCUCGUAGGCCAUCGUAGUUCCGGCUUGUGAUACUUGAACGCGCUGGGGCGUUGUAAUUUUUCGGGUCUCAAUUCACAGAAACGGAGAUUGGCAUUUUUCUUUUCUGUCAUGUUAGUUUAGUCGUUGCAAAAUGGUGUGCUCUCAUCCUCACUUUCUGCAUAGCGAGGGGCAUUUGUUCAUCGAAAUUACGGCUCCCAUUUGGGGGUCGUUAGGGCAGCGCUUGUGAGCCUGAGUCACUCACGGCUUGCGUAUUGUAAUUAUCUGGAUGUAAUCAUUCAUCGGCGUUGCAC